CACUACGAAAUCCCAAUCACAUUCAUAACUUAGCGCUACAGUGCAAGCCUCAAUAAUAUAUUCCAAAACAAACAAAAGACAAUAGUUUAAAAUACAAAAGCAAGUUGAGAGGACUAAAAAUUGUGGAACACCACUUGUGUACACAUCGCCAUACAGUUUUGAUCCAAUAUGCAUGACAAUAGAUUUGAAUUGUGGAUGACACAGUCCUUAGAUGUAACAGGUAGUCGCAACACCUUAUAAUGUUAGUUGUUUAGUGCUUAAUGUUUCUAGAAAUUUCUCGAAGAAUUGAAGUGAUGUGUUAAAAAAAAGAUUUAAAAAUGUAUAAUCAAACUUAUGACGAAGAACAUCCAAUACCACUGAUAGCUAACUACACGGUCGUCAAAGAAGGAGAAGAAGAAGAAAAGAGAGAGACGGAAGAUAGAGUUAUUCUAGAAAUAGGCAAACCUGAUGAUAGGCCGCGGGAAGAGCUUACGUUCUCUCAUAAGAAGUAUGACAAAACUAUAGGUCAUCAUAGGUCGUAUGUGUUGGAGGACUAUGAGCCAAGACGAGUAACAUAUUUCAGGCCGUACGAAUUGGAGCAUUCGAGCAAUGAAGGCACGAGAUAUUACGAACAAGAGUUCAGAGAGAGCGCAAUCCCAGAGACCGCCAAUUCGGAGUCCUCAUUGGACUUCUCGCACGAGUCUGAGACCACGAAGUACAAUGAGGAGCCUCCCCAAGAAGCCAUCCUCAACUGGAAGGAGCGCGCGCUGCAGCUUGAAAAAGAGUACAAGAAAACCGCAUGUGACCGAGAGAGGACGCGGAUGAGGGACAUGAACCGCGCGUUCGACCUGCUGCGGUCCAAGCUGCCAGUCACCAAGCCGUCCAAGAAGAAGUACUCCAAGAUCGAGUGCCUCAGGAUAGCAAUCUCGUAUAUACGACAACUUGAGUACAUGCUCGCCGGUGGGAACCCAGAAGACAAUCAGACCUUCGAAGUACAAGUAUCGGAGCUGAGACGACGCCAGUCUAGGUUCUAAUCACUCAACCUAUGCAAAGUUUUCAUCUUCUAAAUUAUACAUUUCCAUGGUUAACCUAGGUGUUCGCCACAGAAGGUGACCACAUUUUAAUUCACACACCAUGACCACAUGUUUUGUGCAAUACCUACAUGGGACCUAGUAAAUAUGUCACUGUUUAGGAAAAAAUGCUGUUUUCGUUUUUAAUCAAUCGAAUAAAAAUUGUGCAUUGAA